GGGUUCUUUCUCUCUCAAAAAAAAGUUUGGGUUCUUAAAUUUUUCCCCUACUUUCAAUUAUGGCAGCAGUUCGUUAUUUACUUUCAAUUAUUUCUAAAACAGGAGGGUUGAAGGAUUCCCUAUACGCUGAUCAUCUCUGCGCCCCUAGUCCCCAUAUAUGAGCGCGCAAAGACUGUGUCCAGAUCCCUCUGUUCAUCGCUAGCUGCCUCAAAUACGAACGAGCCAACCCCUGUCCAGAAUCCCUAGAAUGUUUCCAGUUUGCCCAACUGCCACAAAUUUUGGCUGCUAGGUUUUGGUCCAACCUUAGCAAUAUUUUUGUUUAUGUCAAAUCCUUAUUGUGUCUGAAUUAAAUCUUGGAAAGCCCAAGGCACAGGUAGAAAUAUGUAUCAAGUUGACAUCAAACGUGAAGAAGGUGACACAAAACACCCACCUCUACUUGCAACAACUGCGGGUGAGGGUUCAACCAAUGUGGGGGGGCAAGAAGGCCAAGGUGCUACAAAGAAGCAACUAGAUUCAAAGGUUAGUUUGGUAAACAUAUCCCGAGAUCUGCUGUUGGCGUACCAGAGUCUUGGGGUGGUAUAUGGGGAUUUGAGCACGUCACCUCUUUAUGUCUAUCAAAGUAUAUUUGUGGACAAGUUGCGGAAGCAUCAAACUCCAGAUGCAAUAUUUGGCGCCUUCUCAUUGAUCUUUUGGACACUUACACUGAUGCCUUUGCUCAAAUAUGUAGUCAUCGUGCUUAGUGCAGAUGACAAUGGUGAAGGUGGGAGCUUUGCUCUAUACUCUCUGCUCUGUAGACAUGCAAAGCUUAAUCUACUUCCCAAUCAACAAGCUGCUGAUGAGGAGCUAUCUACUUACAAAUAUGGAUCCACUAGGCUUUCUGCCUUAUCUUUACCAUUGAAGCGGUUUAUAGAGAGGCAUAAAAAGGCACGGACGGUUUUAUUCCUUGUUGUAUUGCUAGGGGCUAGCAUGGUCAUUGGUGACGGUGUGCUCACUCCUGCAAUAUCAGUUUUAUCAUCAGUUUGUGGGAUUCAAGAUGCUGCUGAAAGCUUGCCUAAUGGUGCUGUCCUACUCAUUACUUGCAUUAUAUUGGUUGGUCUAUUUGCUCUUCAGCAUGUUGGUACCCACAGAGUAGCUUUCUUGUUUGCACCAAUAGUAACAAUCUGGUUGAUUUCAAUUUUUUCCCUUGGGUUGUACAAUACAAUAGUCUGGAAUCCAAAAAUUGUCUCUGCUCUUUCUCCGUAUUAUAUCAUCAAGUUUUUUCGGCAUACCGGAAAAGAUGGAUGGAUUUCUCUUGGAGGAGUGCUCCUAUCUGUAACAGGUACUGAAGCUAUGUUUGCAAAUCUUGGCCAUUUCAAUUCUUUCUCAAUGAGGUUUGCAUUUGUACUUGGCGUGUAUCCUUGUUUAGUGGUACAAUACAUGGGGCAGGCUGCUUUUCUGUCGAAAAACAUUGCUUCAGUACCAAAUAGUUUUUACGAUUCAGUUCCUGAUGGUGCACACUGGCCAGUUUUUGUUAUUGCCACCCUUGCAGCUAUUGUUGCCAGUCAGUCAAUUAUCACUGCUACGUUCUCUAUCAUCAAGCAAUGUAAUGCACUUGGAUGCUUCCCAAGAGUCAAGAUUGUUCACACGUCAAAGCAUAUCUACGGCCAGAUUUAUAUACCUGAAAUGAAUUGGAUAUUAAUGAUUCUCACUCUGUUAGUGGCCAUUGGUUUCCAGGAUGUAACUUUAAUUGGAAAUGCAUAUGGACUAGCAUGCAUGACAGUUAUGUUCAUCACGACGUUUCUGAUGU